CUACGUGUCCCUCGCCGCGCUCCGUCCGCCGUUCCUGCCCCCGCGAACCUGAUUCCAAGAUGGCAGCGCCCAGCGGAAGAAGGAAUGGCAGCGGCGGCGCGAACUUGUGGGUCUCUCUGCUCCUGGCGGCCGUGGCGCUGAGGCCGGUGGAGACGGUGUCUGAGCCCACGACGGUGGCGUUUGACGUGCGGCCUGGCGGCGUGGUGCAUUCUUUCUCCCAGAACGUGGGUCCUGGGGACAAAUAUACCUGUGUGUUCACCUAUGCAUCUCAAGGAGGGACCAAUGAGAAGUGGCAGAUGAGUCUGGGCACCAGCGAAGACCACCAGCACUUCACCUGCACCAUCUGGAGGCCCCAGGGCAAGUCCUACCUGUACUUCACGCAGUUCAAGGCAGAGGUGCGGGGUGCCGAGAUCGAGUAUGGCAUGGCCUACUCGAAAGCUGCUUUUGAGAAAGAGAGCGAUGUUCCCUUGAAAAAUGAGGAGUUUGAGGUGACCAAAACAGCAGUGUUCCACAGGCCUGGGGCCUUCAAGGCUGAGCUGUCCAAGCUGGUGAUCGUGGCCAAGGCAACACGCAGCGAACUGUGACCUGAAGCCCCUCUGAGGGUAGCUUUUCCUCCUCUCCCUGCAAGGAGCUGGACCCCAAGAAGGCCCAGUAUUUGUUUUCUAGGUUGGAUGGGGGGGCUCUUGGUUUUCUGUCCCAGCUGAUGUUGCCCUGUUUGGAGGACAGCUAAGGCCCCAGAAUGGAGUCUGGAGGGCUAGGACUCACCUGGCUCCCACCUUCCCUCACCCCGAAGAUUGUGGGUCUGAGACCCACUGCUCUUCUCAUCAGAAGAGACAUCAGAACACAUGGCCAGGGGAACAGGGGGGCGUCUCCCUGGAAUCAUGGCUUUUGUGAAGCCAGGGCAUCCCCUCCUCCCCGCUGGGAUCAGGCCAGGCUCCAGGAUGUUCUGCGGGGGAGCCCCCCGCCACCAGAGACCCCACACCAGCCGCCUUCUUCUCACUCCCCAGGGGACCAACUUUCACACUGGGCAGAAAUGAAAUGUUCUUUCAUAUUUAAAUAAAUAAGACAACUAAAGAGCA